AUGCCUCGUGUAAAAGCAGCUCAAGCUGGAAGACAGGGCCCCGCAAAGAGACGUCUUGCAGAACAAUUUGCAGCUGGGGAGGUAAUCACCGACUUGGCAAAAAAGGAGUGGAAACUAGGAUUACCCAUUGGCCAAGGUGGCUUUGGUUGUAUCUAUCUUGCUGACAAGAAUUCUUCAAAAUCGGUGGGCAGUGAUGCACCCUAUGUUGUAAAAGUGGAACCCAGUGACAAUGGACCUCUUUUCACUGAAUUAAAGUUCUACCAGCGAGCGGCCAAACCAGAGCAAAUUCGGAAAUGGAUUCAGACCCACAAACUGAAGUACCUGGGUGUCCCUAAGUAUUGGGGGUCUGGCCUACAUGAUAAAAAUGGAAGAAGUUACAGGUUUAUGAUCAUGGACCGCUUUGGGAGCGAUCUUCAGAAGAUAUACGAAGCAAACGCCAAAAGGUUUUCUCGGAAAACCGUCUUGCAGCUAAGCUUAAGAAUUCUGGAUAUUCUGGAAUAUAUCCACGAACAUGAGUAUGUGCACGGAGACAUCAAGGCCUCAAAUCUUCUUCUGAGCUGCAAGGAUCCCGACCAGGUGUACCUGGUAGAUUAUGGCCUUGCUUAUCGGUACUGCCCAGAAGGGAGCCAUAAAGAAUACAAGGAAGACCCCAAAAGAUGUCACGAUGGCACUAUUGAAUUCACCAGCAUCGACGCGCACAAUGGCGUGGCCCCGUCAAGACGUGGCGACCUGGAAAUCCUCGGUUACUGCAUGGUCCAGUGGCUCAGCGGCCACCUGCCGUGGGAGGAUAAUUUGAAAGAUCCUAACUAUGUUAGAGAUUCCAAAAUCAGAUACAGAGAAAACAUCGCAGAUUUGAUGGAGAAAUGUUUUCCUGAGAAAAACAAGCCAGCUGAAAUUGCUAAAUACCUGGAAACAGUGAAAUUGCUGGAUUAUGAUGAGAAACCCCUAUAUCAGAAUUUACAAGACAUUCUUUUGCAAGGUCUUAAGUCAAUAGGAAGCAAGGAUGAUGGCAAACUGGAACUUGGGGCUUUGGAGAAUGGAGCUCUGAAAGCAAGAACUACAACCAAGAAGCGGAAGAAGGAAGCGGGGAAGAGCACAGAGGCCGGUGGUGAGGACAUGGAGUGCUCGGAUGCGCACACGGGGGAGGCCAUGCAGACGCGUUCAAAGAGGAGAAAGAGAGUCCAGAAGUAA